AUGAAGCCAAAUUCGGCUGCUUGGAUCGAUGCAAGAGCACGAUUCGACAUCAUCGAUGGUGCUGCAGGACUGUUCUCUCCCGGAUUUGUGCUGCGGUGGCCUAAUGGAAAAAUCGUUCGAUUCACCAAUUGGGCUAACGGGAAUGGUGCCGAGCUGAUCGACCGCAUGAGCAAAUGCGUACAUCUACGGUCGACAACCGGAGAAUGGCAAAAUGCAGCCUGUGAUGAACCGGCUACCGUAAUCUGUGAGAAACGACUGCACCGUCCGGUCGUACGGUACUGUCCAAAACAUUGGAUGUACAUGGACGCUACCCAAUCAUGUUAUCGGGCGAUAACCCGUACCAAUAUGACCAUACUGGAUGCGGACAACCGCUGUUUCCAGCUAGGCGCUGAAAGCAAUCAUGAUGCCAUGCUCGCCAGUAUAGGAGACGAAUUAGAGAACCAAUUUAUCAAAGAUCUUGCUCGCGAAAAGAACCCAAAUUUUGACUUUGUGAUGCUGGGAGCUUUCGGUCGUUCAAAUAAUGGCCAUAAAUGGCAAUGGAUGGAUGGAACGCCUUUCACCUAUCAGAAUUGGGAUCGUGGAAUGCCAUUUGGUCGACGAGCUCUAGCUGUUUUGGUAAUGAAUCGACGUGGGAAAUGGAUCAAUCACUAUGCUGAUCGGAUACUGUCACAGUUCAAUGCGGUGGCUGUUUGCAAGAUGAAGCCUUAG